AUGACUUUCGUCAAGCUUGCCCUUCUUCUUCUCCUGACAAUUUCUGCUGAAUCUCGCAAUAUAACCAUCCUCAAUAAGUGCCCAUUCACCAUUUGGCCAGGAAUUCUCGGACGACCCGGAAACCCAGCUGGAGGAGGUUUCAGACUGGAUGCAUCUGAGUCUCGAGAUAUUGAAAACUCUGAACAAUGCAACGGAGCCGGAGGAGUUCCACCAGCAUCUCUAGCUGAAUUCACGUUGAAACCCUGGGGAGGACAAGAUUUCUAUGAUGUCUCAUUGAUCGAUGGAUACAAUCUGCCCGUUCAGAUCGAACCACGUGGCGGAUCUGGUUGCAAGCGAGCUGGUGGAUGUGUGAAGGAUAUUAAUUCUGAAUGCCCGGUUGCUCUUGCCGUCAAAGGACACAAUGGAAAUGUUGUCGCCUGUAAAUCUGGAUGUCUGGAAUACAACACCGACCAAGAAUGCUGCCGUGGAGCCUACGGUACUCCUGACAAAUGUCAUCGUUCGGCCACUGCUCAGAUGUUCAAAGAUGCAUGUCCAACUGCUUAUACCUAUCUUUAUGAUGAUGGAUCUUCCUCAUUUAAAUGUCAAGCAACCGCCUCUUACACGGUUCAAUUCUGUUAA